CACGCCGGGGACGUCACGACGUCGCCACGCCCACCAGUCGCGCGGGGCGGAGCACAGCCGGGGCGCAGGGGCGGCCAAGAUCCCCGCACCCUCGGGGUCGCGGCCCCGCCCUCCGGGCUGUCGCCGCCGCGGGUGUCGAGGCACCGCCCCGAAGCCCUCCGUCGCGGCCCCGCACCCGCGGACCCCCCGCAGCCCGACCGCUAGUGUCCGGGGUGAGCGCCCCGCACGCCCCGCGUGGCCUCCGCCUCGCAGGCAACCGAGCGCGGGGCAAGGGCGCCCCCUGGCGGGACGUCGCUGAAGCGCAAUGGGCGCGCGACGGUGGCAGGUGGACUGCCCGCCAGGCUUCCAUUGCAAAGGGCCCCAGACUGGGUCCUUAAACAACAGAAAUGGAUUUCAUCACGGUUCUGCAACUGAAGGCCAAGACCGAAGUGCAGCAGGUCUGGAUGGCAGGCCGUCCCGCCUUCCUGUCCCUGGGUUUCCUGUUCUGCUGCUGCCCGCCCUGCUCGCCCGCCGCGCCCCCCGACUCCGCGCAGGACGGACCGUGGAGCCGAGCGCCCCCCGACUCCGCGCAGCUGCUGGUCGCCAGGCACGAGGCGGGGAACCUCAGCAACGAAGAGAACCGAGUCCCCCGGCCGCGCCUCCUCCUCCUCGCCGCCACCUGCAUCGAGACUCUGCCCGGCCCCGUCCUCUCGGGGCUGAGAGGGCGAUGCCCGGAGGAGCUCCCGGUCCAGAACCAGAACCGGAACCACACCCGCCGCGCCCUCACCGCGGGCUGCGCCUGUGAGUUCCUCGGGGGCCUCCGCGUCCCCCCGAACGGCACCGCCUGCGCCCAGAUGCUGCGGGGCUGUGGCGGCGGCGGGGCCGUGGCCCUGGCCGUGGGGCUGUCGCUGCUGCUGCUGGCGCUCGCCGGCGGCGUCGGGUGCGUCUGGCGCUGGAAGCACCGGGGCCGCGCGCCCCUCGCCCUCCCGGGGUUCCUGCGGCCGCGGCGCCGGCGGGGGGACUAUUCCCAGACGCUCUCCGCGGGCCCCUCCGGCCUCGGCGCCAAGGCCGCGGCCCCCGGCCCCCGAGCCGGGGCGGCGGACCCCCAGGACCCGCAGGGCCACUACGAGAACCUGCCCGCCCGGGGCCCCGGCGCCGCGCACGCCCGCGGGCUGUACGAGAACGCGGGGGGCGGCGCCUGCGAGGAGCACGUCUACGGGAACCAGCCGGCGGGCGACUAUUACAACCUCCACGCGCCCGGGGCCCCCGCGGCGCCGCAGGACGAGGACAUCUACAUCCUCCCGGACGCGUACUGAGCGGAGGGCGGCGCCGCCGUCACUCGGAUGCCGGCCCGAGUCUUCACGGGCGCCCCUGGGAGGAGU